AAGGAAAAAGAGGCAUGGUGUUGCGGUGUCACCCCUGUCUUGGAGCGGGCGCGGCGAAUGGUCGGUCCCAGGGCCCUGGCUUCCGCCGGAGCCGGAGGCUGGGCUCGCUGCUGUCCUUGGUCGUGGGGUCGUUUCUGGUACCGGGACCGCAGCAUUUAGGAUGAAUUUAAUUCAGCUUGUGCGUGACCACUGGGUACAUGUGCUUGUCCCUAUGGGAUUUGCUGUUGGAUGGUACCUAGACAGAAGGAAUGAGGAAAAGCUAACUGGCUUCCGGAACAAGAGUUUGUUAUUUAAAAGGGAGCUGAGACCAGAUGAAGAAGUCACCUGGAAGUAAAGGCUGGGGCUGAAUUCCAGAAUGGUCAUGUUUUUUAAAUUAUGAGAAAAAUAAAAACAUUUAAUUUAAACAA